CAUAAUUAGCACCCAAGAAGAGAAAACUUGUAAAGCUGCAGUUAACAUCAAAGCUCAGCUCUCCUCUUCUUGACCAUUUCUUUCUUGCUUGCUGCCAGUUGUUUCCUCUGAGGCCAUUGUUUAUUUCCCCUCCAUGGUUAAUGCAAAUCUGUAACCUCGUGGGUAAGAGAUUCCAUUAGUACUUUGGGAUAACUCUGUUUCUCUUCUUACCUUCUGGAAACAGAGUUCAGAAUAUCGACACAAGUUUUGUUAGGAUGACACUAGUGUUAUUAUCCUGAUUGCGACUGGUGAGGCAAUUAUCUCGAUAUUUAUAUGUAUGCUUCCAGGGAAUGGAGCAGAUCAAGAUGAAUAAUUUGUGUUGUGGAGGAUCGGACAUGUCGACUCAUUCCGACUACAUAAAUCAAAUUAUUUUGUACGAAACUUGCACACAGUGACUAUGUUAAGAGUUAAAAAAAUGUUGCUCAUUAGUUUCAUUCAUAUGCAUUGAUUGUGACGAGGUGAACCGGAUACUUCGAUAUUUAUAUAUGUUUCCCAGGGCGGAUCAAGUCGGAUAAUUUGUUUUGGGGCAUUGUUGGAUAGGUUGAUCCAUUCUAAAUGCAUAAGCCAAAUCAUUUGAUAGGAAACUUGAACUUUGAUUGUGACUAUGUUAAGAGUUAAAAUAUGAUCUAAUAGACUUCUAGAUAAGACAAUUACGAUUUACAAAUAAAUAUUUGAAAAAUUGGAAUGAAAGAACACACAUGUUAGUAUGUGACUUGCCCUUCUUACCACUUCUAGCUGAUUGGAGCAUAUAUGAAUUUAACAAACUGAAAGAUACUGAAUUAUACCGUUUAGGUCGAUCUCGCACGCACUAUCUUGUAACAAAAACUUGUAUAGUUUGGUGAGGGACUGCUCUUCAGCUUAAUCAAGUUAUGAACUGAAGUUCUGCAAUUUCUCUAGUAAUACUUUGAAACCACCUGUGAACCUGUCAAUUUUGUGUAGAGAAAAAGUAAAAUAGAACUUGCAGAAACAAGAAAAGUGUAUUGCCAACAUGACUUCAAGGAACCCUGAAGAACUCUUUUCCUUUUCCUUUUCCAUUUUCCUCCCUCCCUGUCCUUUUCCUCAUAAUUUGUGUUUAAAAUAAAUGCAUAUAAACAUGCUACUCACAGCUGAAAGGAAGUGUAACAAGAACCUCAGUUCCUUCAGCUCCAAGCACUUGCCUCUCUCCUUCCCUUCCUUCCUCCCCUUUCUACCACUCUCUCUCUCUUUCUGUCUCUACUCUGUUCUUCCGCCAUGGAAACACCUAAUCAAGACUGCUCUGACUCUGAAACUCAAAUCGACCCUCUUUCUUCUUCUUUCUCUCCUUCUUCUUCCACUACCACCUCUUCUUCUUCCUCUGUUUCACCAUCAUCUCCUUCUUCAAAUGACUCCCAUUUCUCUCCGUCCCCAUCUUCAGACCACAAUAUCAAGUCCCAUAAGCUCAAUCACGACCGCGACAGUGAUUCGGCCGAAGAAGAAGAAGUCAGGGGGAGCAGCAGCACCAGCAAGAAGGCCAAAACAGGGGAUCACGCGGAUGCAGGGCACCCACCUUACCGCGGAGUGAGAAUGCGGCAGUGGGGGAAAUGGGUGUCCGAGAUUCGAGAACCAAGAAAGAAAUCAAGAAUCUGGCUGGGAACCUUCGCCACGGCCGAAAUGGCGGCUCGAGCCCACGACGUGGCUGCUCUGGCCAUCAAGGGCGACUCUGCCCACCUCAAUUUCCCUCAGCUCGCUCACUUGCUCCCGCGCCCUGCCUCUGCUUCCCCGAAAGACAUCCAAGCAGCCGCCGCAUUGGCGGCCGCCAUGGAUGUCAAGGAAGCAGGGGACGACCUAGGAGCGAUCGAUGGCGGCGUCCACGAUGACAUCAGUAGUCCUCAUGAUCAGGAUCAGGAUCAGCUGCCAGAGCCUGUGGUUGAAGACGACGGCGACGAUGCGUUCGUCGAUUUGCCGGAUCUUUUGCAGGACGGGAUCGAUCAGGAGGUCUGCGUCUUGUCGAUGAGCUACUGGCGGAUGUUUGAUGGAGAGGGUUUGGAUUCGGGGUCGUUGUGGGAAGCAGAGGAGUUGAGCUUGCAGCCAUCGUUUGGUUCCAGGUGAUGAACAUUUGGGAUCGCAGCAUUGUGUAAAAAUUGAAAUUGAGUGGAGUGAGUCCAAAAAUAAAUUAAAGAAAGAAAAACUUUGUGACAUAUGACUAUGUAACUAUAUGUGAAAAACCCUACAUUUCGGAUUUUCUUUUGCCUACAGAACUUCAUCGUCAUUUGUAAAAUUGUCGAAUUUAACGUUUACGAAUAACAUUUAUCGAGUUUGUAAACAAUGUGUGGAGUUUCGUAGGCGGACGAAAUUAGCAGUGUAGUAUUAACGAUGCUUGUAAUAAUAUGUGACAAAACUAAUUGAAUAUUUUGAGUGAACCUAUGCAUCUCGUUGUUGAUUUGAUCAGUUAUUUUAGUGUAAACAAACCGACAAAAGAUGAGCACUCAUUUUUAACAACUUACGUUGUGUAAAUUUAUAAUCGUGAAGCGCGUUCGCAGGUAAAUUAUUUUAUGGGGAAAAAGCUAAAGUUAGUUUUCCAAAUCCCUAUUUAUGCUUCUUUUUAGGGAAUGAUUAUGUCUGCCUAUGAUGGUGGAUUGCGAAUAUAACCAUAUCUGGCAAUAUAACUACUCAUUUGAAAUCUUGUGCAUCAUUCCUUCAGCUGCUUACGAUUGUGGAAUUGUCUUGAUUUGUGGAUGGCAUAUUCGCAAAUUGAUAAACAAAUGUGAUCUCCAACGUUGUCAUGCUUGAUUUGGCCAUCUCGAGCUCAUAAUCGAGUCACCAUGUCGAUUAGAAAAUUAGAAUCGACUCAAUUACGCAGAUUAUUAUUUGUUAGAUGCAAUAUUGAAGGGAAUCGUGGUUUUAGUUUAUACGAAUGUCUAACAUAUCUUAACCGUCUAGUAACAUACAAUUAUAAUAAUUCAGUUAGCAUAGCAUGUGUGUUUUGAUUGUGAAUGUCGUUCUGUCAUAUGACAUCAUCAAAGCACAUGGCUCAAUAAUCUUUGAUCGUUUAUACGUAAACAAGAUGUGUUGAUUCAAUGAUCGAGAUUGUGGAUUGCAUGACCCAAUCGUGCGGCAUCCACGUGUUGAUGACAUGGUGGUAAAAAUUUCAUAUUCGACCAAACAACCUAAUUUCUUUUACCAUGUCAUGAUGAUGAGUCGUGAUCUAGCCGGUUCAACCAACUGGGUUGAGUUAAAUUCUGAAGAGUCAUGGUGAUGUCAUAAAGGAAACAAAGAGAGAUGUUAUCGAAUAUUUUAACAUGGCUAGAGUGGUGUUGGGAUAUAAAGAAAACAAGAAGAAUCUAUUUUUCUAUACUUUACCUAAUUGAAUGGUAGGAUACAGAAAGCAAAGCACUUUGUCAAGUGCUCCCUCCCCAUUUCCCUUAAUUGUUUGUGGGAAAAAAGAAAAGGGAAAGGAAAAAGAGGACACCUUUGUUAGUGUAUUGGUUGAGUUUUAGGAUGUGUUGUAGGUUUCCUUACCUCACACUUCUUUGGGCUCUAAUGUGGGGGAUAGAUAUUUAGAAAUGUCUCUUCAAUGGGACACCAACUUGUUCAAUAUUUUGCAAUUAGAAUUUCGAUAUAUUGAGCGGACAAAGUAAUAAGUUAUUUGCAUUUUA